AUGAGAAGAGCUGAGCCACCCACUCACCAUCCUUGCCGUGACACACCGCGGCCGAACGACUGCGCCUUAGCAUCAAAUCUCGGUUGCGAGAUCAAGACGCAGGCGAUUUCCGCAGCGCCUGCUCUGGCCGCGCAUCCCACGUCCGCCCCGUCUGCUGGAAGCGCUCAAAUGGACCAGGCCGAGCCUCCUGUUCCGGGCUCGUCCGAGCUGCCGGUCCAGGGCGAGAAGCGCACCGCCCCCGAGGAGCCAAAUAUCCCGUCCGAGGCCAAGCGGAUCAGGACGCACCACGACGAGAGCCCAGAGCUCGAGAUACACUCCUCCCCUUCCAGCCGAAGAAUCCCCUUUCCAGAAAAGGCAUGCCCCAAUCCUGACUCCAACUUGAUUCGGCCCAUGCUAAUUGAUCAGUAG